UCUGUGAGCCCUUUAGCCGCAGUCUUCAAUUUCACUGGAUUGAUAGGGGUAUAUCUAUUUUUUCUUAUUUCGUUGGCUGUCUAACGCCAACACCAAGCUCUUUUGUGCCCCCUUGGAAGCUGUAUAAAGGGAAGCUGAAUCGGAUGGUUUCCUGAAUAUGUAAGAGGGAAGGAAUGUUUCAAAACAUCUGGUAGAACGUAAGGUUGAGAUUUGUGCCCGCUUGAAAGAGUAGAGGACAAGAAAGUUCUUGGGGAGCAAGGAUCGUGUUCUUGAAUCCAAUACUUUGUCGUUUCAGAUUAUACAAGGGUGUUCGAGUGACUGAAUCCCUAAUCAAUUUCACGCUCUCUUUUGCUACUCCCAGCUCUGCAAUUAGACCGAUUCACUGAAGUUAUCGUUCUAUACUAUUUGGUGUGAGUGAGUCAGCUCUGGUUUCAUCUUGGAAAGAUGAGUUUUACUCCUGCUCUUCCGCUAGCUUUGUGUCCCAAAUAUUGGUGCAAGGAAUGGGAGGUUGAUCCACAGUUAGGUUUUGGUAUUUUUUGGUCCAAAGUUGGUUAUGAAGUGACUGUUUCAAAGUGGUGCAGAGAACUAAAACCCUCAGUCAGAGAUAUCCAUACUCACCAGAUAGGAACCCAAUGGCUCUAUGGAGAGCUCGUGCAGCUUUAUCACCUCUCUUGAACAGGCUUUUGCAACCUGCGUCUUUCCCCUCUGUCAACAAUGCUUUCCGUGGUUUCUCUACUAACAUAUGCAGCUGAUACUUCAUUGCGGGACAAGAUGAUGAAACAAAUGGCUCAUCUUGAUAUCAAUGCACAAGUAGGGACUUGCAUGCCUCUGGCUUCUAUGCGUAUAGGCACAUUAAUCUACAACAUCGAGAUGAACCCAGGUCAAGGUGGGAAAUUGGUUCGGGCUGCAGGAAGUUGUGCCAAGAUCUUGAAAGAGCCAACAUCCAAGUACUGUUUGGUGAAACUUCCUUCAGGAGCAGAAAAAUUGAUUGAUUCUCAGUGCCGGGCCACAAUUGGCAGAGUCUCAAACCCUGGCCAUAAUACUCGCACACUUAGGAAGGCUGGCCAGAGCAGAUGGUUAGGUCGAAGACCAGUUGUUCGUGGAGUGGCUAUGAACCCAGUUGAUCAUCCUCACGGUGGAGGUGAGGGUCGGAGCAAAAGUAGUGGGUCCUUUGGAAGGGUGUCACAAACACCAUGGGGCAAGCCAACUAAAUGUGGCAGGAAUCAAGAACGCAAGCGCAAUGGCAAAUUUAAAUGAUCUAUUUCUGUGGUUCCUCGUUUUGGACCUAGCAUAUAGCAGGCAGCUGUGAUUUCAGGUCGAGAAAGUGUUUAGCUUUAUUUCAUUACAUGAGGGCUUAGCAUGUCACAUUUGGUGAUGCAGUGUUUUUCUUUCACAGCUGGGAGAUUUGCAGAGGCUCACCUGGACAAAUAAACCAGGAUUGUUUCUUAACAGGUUGGUAUUUGCGUAUUUUUAUAUGAAUCUUUGAUUAUCAUCUGUUAAGCUAAAUCUUUAGCUUCAUUGUAUUUCUCAAGACAAGUAACAGAUGAGAUUUUUUUCGUAUAAACUAGUAUAAGAAAACUCUCCACCAGAAGAUUUUUGGAA